AUGAUCUUUUAACAGCCUGCAUUAGUGACUUAGAAACCCUCCAUAAAUCUAAAAAAAACACGAGUCUGCUUCUUGAUAAACUUCUAUUUGGUAGAAUGGGCCAAAUGGCCUUUGACCUACUGUAACCUGGACAUACAAAUUAAGGGGGAAAAAGUCAUUUAUUUAUUUUUUAUCUUUAUAGCUGACUCUAGGGCCAUUUUCACCUUUCCUUUGUGUCGUCUCUCCAUCAUCAAUCAGGACCCAAUCAUGUCCUUGUGUUAGUGAAUACAGGGGACAGCCUGUCAUCAAAGGGUUAGGGGCUCCCUUAUCACACACCGUCCCGCAAAUGUAGACCUCAGUCCGCUUUCUCUGUCUCACUCUAAAAACAAAAAACAUGUCAACUGGAGCUGUGCGCCUCUGGCUGGUCCUCUGGCUAGUCCUCUGGCUGGUCCUCGGUCUCCAGCUGCGGUGCGUCACCCCGCUGGUUCUCCCGCUGGACAGAGGGACAGCAGCGGGGCGACUGGACGAGAAGCUGGACGCGUUGAUCCACCUGAAGGAUUUACCUCGAGGAGCGGCGGCUCCGCACAAGAAGGCGCCUCAGUUCAUGUUGGAUCUCUUUAACGCGGUGACUGUCUCCGAUGGAUCCAAGAAGAGCCAGAAGGAGAUCCUGGAAGGAAACACAGUGAGGAGUUUCGAGGAUAAAGGUCAUGCUGGAGAGAGGUUUCACUUGUUCAACCUGUCGUCUUUCGGCAGAGAGGAGAGGAUGAUCAAAGCGGAGUUCAGGUGGUUCAGAAAGAAACAGAAGUUUUACCUUGGAAAGUCAUAUGGGCCUCAUUUCUAUAAGGUCGAUCUGUAUGAAGUGCUGGACAGCCAAGUAAAGCCAUGGAGAGGAAAUCUCAUCACUUCCAGACUGGUGCCCCUUUACACACAGGGAUGGGAAGUCUUCAAUGUCACUCAAACGGUGUCAAAGUGGAUCCGCAACAGUCAGGAGAAUAACGGCAUCCUUGUAGUGACCACACUUCCUUCUGGGAACUGGAUGGAGUCGGUGGUGUCCUCGUCUAAGCGGAACGGAGAGCUGACAGACACUAAUGCUUACCUGGUCAUAUUCUCAGACGACGGGAGGACAGGAGCAUCAAACCAGUCCUACCUGGGACAAGCCCAACCUGCAGCGGCAGCACCUGAGCUCCACGACCACCGCAGCAGGAGACGACGUGCAUCUCCUGGCUUCCCGCCCCACAGCCGCUCCCAGUCCUGCCAGCGGGUUCCCCUCUUCGUCGACUUUGAGGAGAUUGGCUGGUCCGGCUGGAUCAUCUCUCCCCGGGGUUACAACGCCUACCACUGCAAAGGCUCCUGCCCGUUCCCACUGGGGGGAAGCCUCCGAGCGACCAACCACGCUACGGUGCGCUCCAUCAUGCACGCGCUCAAGCUCUCCAGCGAUGAGGUGGAAGCGCCCUGCUGUGUUCCAGACAGACUCCAGUCCAUCAGUUUGUUAUAUUUUGACGACGAGGAGAACGUGGUUUUGAAGCAGUACGACGACAUGGUGGCAUUAAGCUGCGGCUGCCACUGACCGGCUGAGCAUCUCCUGUAUUCUUUAACAGUGGGACAAUGAGGGAUGGGGAGAGAAAGGGUUUGCUUGAGUUGAUUAAAACACUGUAUUUUCGUGCCUAUGUUUAAAUAUUGUAUUAUUUUGAGAAAUAAACCAACUAUUCCUCAGAUAUUAAUCAGUGAUCCUUUGUCUAGUUUAGUCCUGGGAUUCCAAAAGGUCUCAUGAGAUCGUGCCCAAAUACAUUUACACCAGACUUGAAUACCAGAGUUGAAAGUAAAU